AUGACCAACUUAGAUGCCUUGAAACCCGAAACUAACCUUGAGGACUUACCCGACUUUAAAGACCUCCCAGUGACCAUGACCAAGCCUCCUCACCCGGACUGGCGUCCAGGGCAAGGCGCAGUUGCAGAGGUUUCUGGAAAAGGUCAUGACAAUGCACCAUGGAAAACACAUGCUAAGAUCGGGUUUGAUCCCUACGACCCGACGCGUGGACACGCAAAAAAUUACUUUUUUGCAGCAUCAGGUAUUACCCCACGUCCCAUCGGCUUGGUGUCUACAGAAAGUAAAACCGGACACCGUAACUUGGCCCCGUUCACGUAUUUUCAAGUGGUUAGCAAUGAUCCACUGGUAUUUGUUCUGGGCAUUUCGCAAAACUCUGGCAAAAUUAAGGACACUUCACGAAAUUUGCAAGAAACAGGUGAAGCUACAGUCAGCAUUAUUUCUGAAUGGUUUGUCGAAGCUGCCAAUUACACCAACAUUACACUUCCUCCAAGUCUCUCCGAAUGGAAAGUCUCUGGAUUGACCCCAGUGGAAAGUUUACGCGUAAAACCUCCACAUGUUUUAGAAAGUGCUAUUUCCUUUGAAGUCAAAGUCCGCCAAACUAUCCCUAUCGAGGACGUUACAACUCCAGGCAAAAUCAACUCGACUGUGUUCCUAUUACAAUGCGAGUAUGUCCAUGUGCGUGAGGAUAUUGUGGAUGACCCCAAAAACCCAGGCAAAGUUGACUUGCAGAAACUCAGGCCAGUAUCACGUCUUGGAGGUGUCACGUACGGGCGUACUACAGAGACCUUUGAGUUGCCCAAGUUUUUCUAUGACGCGAACAAUUUGUCUGAGGAUCUUGAAAAGAUUUUGUAG